CCGGCAUUCCCCGUGGGCGGUGCUCCCCUUUGACCCCUCGCUCGCGUGCUACACAUCCGGGCCUCUGCUACUAGUGAGGGGAAGAUGGCGGCCGCAACUGUGGUGGUUCCCGUAGAGUGGAUAAAGAACUGGGAGAAAUCAGGGAGAGGCGAAUUUUUGCAUUUAUGCCGGAUCCUCAGUGAAAAUAAAAGCCAUGAUAGUUCAACUUACAGAGAUUUCCAGCAAGCUCUUUAUGAGUUAUCAUACCAUGUCAUUAAAGGAAAUCUAAAGCAUGAACAGGCAUCUAAUGUUCUUAAUGACAUUAGUGAAUUUCGUGAGGAUAUGCCCUCCAUUCUUGCUGAUGUAUUCUGCAUAUUAGAUAUUGAGACAAAUUGUUUAGAAGAAAAAAGCAAGAGAGACUAUUUUACACAAUUGGUAUUAGCAUGUUUGUAUUUAGUUUCAGACACAGUUCUAAAGGAACGCCUGGAUCCAGAAACAUUGGAAUCAUUAGGGCUUAUUAAACAAUCACAGCAGUUCAAUCAAAAGUCAGUUAAAAUCAAGACAAAGCUCUUUUAUAAGCAGCAAAAAUUCAAUUUGUUAAGAGAAGAGAAUGAAGGUUAUGCCAAGCUGAUUGCUGAAUUGGGGCAAGAUUUAUCUGGAAAUAUUACUAGUGAUUUAAUCUUAGAAAAUAUCAAAUCUUUAAUAGGAUGCUUUAAUCUGGAUCCCAAUAGAGUUUUGGAUGUCAUUUUAGAAGUGUUUGAAUGCAGGCCAGAACAUGAUGACUUCUUUAUAUCUUUAUUAGAAUCUUACAUGAGUAUGUGUGAACCGCAAACACUGUGUCAUAUUCUUGGGUUCAAAUUCAAGUUUUACCAGGAACCAAAUGGAGAGACUCCUUCAUCUUUAUACAGAGUUGCAGCAGUCCUUCUACAAUUUAAUCUUAUUGAUUUAGAUGAUCUUUAUGUACAUCUUCUUCCAGCUGAUAAUUGCAUUAUGGAUGAACACAAACGAGAAAUUGUAGAAGCUAAGCAAAUUGUUAGAAAACUUACGAUGGUUGUAUUGUCUUCUGAAAAAAUCGACGAGCGAGAGAAAGAAAAGGAAAAAGAAGAGGAGAAAGUAGAGAAGCCGCCUGACAACCAAAAACUUGGUUUGUUGGAAGCCUUGUUGAAGAUUGGUGAUUGGCAGCAUGCACAGAACAUUAUGGAUCAGAUGCCUCCGUACUAUGCAGCUUCACAUAAGCUAAUAGCCCUUGCUAUUUGCAAGCUCAUUCACAUAACUAUAGAGCCUCUCUACCGAAGAGUUGGCGUUCCUAAAGGUGCUAAAGGCUCACCUGUUAAUGCUUUGCAAAAUAAGAGAGCACCAAAACAAGCAGAGAGCUUUGAAGAUUUGAGGAGAGAUGUCUUCAAUAUGUUCUGUUACCUUGGUCCUCACCUUUCUCACGACCCCAUUUUAUUUGCAAAAGUGGUGCGCAUAGGCAAGUCAUUUAUGAAAGAGUUUCAGUCUGAUGGAAGCAAACAAGAAGAUAAAGAGAAAACGGAAGUUAUCCUUAGCUGUUUACUUAGCAUUACUGACCAGGUACUACUUCCAUCUCUUUCUUUGAUGGACUGCAAUGCUUGUAUGUCUGAGGAACUAUGGGGAAUGUUUAAAACAUUUCCCUAUCAGCAUAGGUAUCGUCUGUAUGGCCAGUGGAAGAAUGAAACUUAUAACAGUCACCCACUUUUAGUAAAAGUUAAGGCCCAAACAAUAGACAGAGCCAAAUAUAUCAUGAAGCGUCUAACCAAGGAAAAUGUGAAGCCUUCUGGAAGACAAAUUGGGAAAUUGAGCCACAGCAAUCCAACCAUUUUGUUUGAUUAUGUAUGUUUUGAGAUCUUAUCACAAAUACAGAAGUAUGAUAACUUAAUAACACCUGUAGUAGAUUCAUUGAAAUACCUGACUUCAUUGAAUUAUGAUGUUUUGGCCUAUUGUAUCAUUGAAGCUUUAGCUAAUCCGGAAAAGGAGAGAAUGAAACAUGACGACACAACCAUCUCAAGCUGGCUUCAGAGUCUGGCUAGUUUCUGUGGUGCAGUUUUUCGUAAAUAUCCAAUUGAUCUUGCUGGUCUUCUUCAAUAUGUGGCUAAUCAGCUAAAGGCAGGCAAAAGUUUUGACCUGCUUAUAUUGAAAGAAGUGGUACAAAAAAUGGCAGGAAUAGAAAUAACAGAGGAAAUGACGAUGGAGCAACUAGAGGCCAUGACUGGUGGAGAGCAACUAAAAGCUGAGGGUGGUUAUUUUGGCCAGAUCAGAAACACUAAAAAAUCCUCCCAGAGAUUAAAAGAUGCACUAUUGGACCAUGAUCUUGCUCUUCCUCUCUGUUUGCUUAUGGCUCAGCAGAGGAAUGGGGUAAUCUUCCAGGAAGGUGGAGAGAAACAUUUGAAACUUGUGGGAAAACUCUAUGAUCAGUGUCAUGAUACCCUGGUACAGUUUGGUGGGUUUUUAGCAUCUAAUCUAAGCACAGAAGAUUAUAUAAAGCGAGUGCCUUCAAUUGAUGUGCUCUGUAAUGAAUUUCAUACACCCCAUGAUGCAGCAUUUUUCCUGUCUAGGCCAAUGUAUGCACACCACAUUUCGUCGAAGUAUGAUGAACUUAAAAAAUCAGAAAAAGGAAGUAAACAGCAACAUAAAGUUCACAAGUACAUUACAUCGUGUGAAAUGGUGAUGGCUCCUGUCCAUGAAGCAGUGGUCUCCUUACAUGUUUCCAAAGUCUGGGAUGACAUCAGCCCUCAAUUCUAUGCCACAUUCUGGUCAUUGACAAUGUAUGACCUUGCAGUUCCACACACCAGCUAUGAACGGGAAGUCAAUAAACUUAAAGUCCAGAUGAAAGCAAUUGAUGACAAUCAGGAAAUGCCUCCAAAUAAAAAGAAAAAGGAGAAGGAGCGUUGUACUGCCCUUCAGGACAAGCUUCUUGAAGAAGAAAAGAAACAGAUGGAACAUGUACAGCGAGUUCUACAGAGACUGAAACUGGAGAAGGACAACUGGCUUUUAGCAAAAUCUACCAAAAAUGAGACCAUCACAAAAUUUCUACAGCUGUGUAUAUUUCCUCGAUGUAUUUUUUCAGCAAUUGAUGCUGUUUACUGUGCUCGUUUUGUUGAAUUGGUACAUCAACAGAAAACUCCAAAUUUUUCCACACUUCUUUGCUAUGAUCGAGUUUUCUCUGAUAUAAUUUACACAGUUGCAAGCUGUACUGAAAAUGAAGCUAGUCGAUAUGGGCGAUUUCUUUGCUGCAUGUUAGAGACUGUGACCAGGUGGCACAGUGAUCGCGCCACAUAUGAAAAGGAAUGUGGAAAUUAUCCAGGAUUCCUUACUAUAUUACGAGCAACUGGAUUUGAUGGUGGAAAUAAAGCUGAUCAAUUAGACUAUGAAAACUUUCGACAUGUUGUGCAUAAAUGGCAUUACAAACUAACCAAGGCAUCGGUACAUUGCCUUGAAACAGGCGAAUAUACUCACAUCAGGAAUAUUUUGAUUGUGCUAACAAAAAUACUUCCUUGGUACCCAAAAGUUUUGAAUCUGGGUCAGGCUUUGGAAAGAAGAGUGCAUAAAAUCUGCCAAGAAGAAAAAGAGAAGAGGCCAGAUCUAUAUGCAUUGGCUAUGGGCUACUCUGGGCAGUUGAAAAGUAGAAAGUCAUACAUGAUACCUGAAAAUGAGUUUCAUCACAAAGACCCCCCUCCGAGGAAUGCAGUUGCCAGUGUACAAAAUGGGCCUGGUGGUGGGCCUUCUUCUUCGUCGAUAGGAAGUGCAUCCAAAUCGGACGAAAGCAGUACUGAGGAGACUGAUAAAUCAAGGGAGAGAUCUCAGUGUGGUGUGAAAGCUGUUAAUAAAGCUUCUAGUGCCACACCAAAAGGGAAUUCAAGCAAUGGAAACAGUGGCUCUAACAGCAGCAAAGCUGUUAAAGAAAAUGACAAAGAAAAAGGGAAGGAGAAAGAAAAAGAGAAAAAAGAAAAGACUCCAGCUACUACUCCAGAGGCCAGGGUACUUGGUAAAGAUGGUAAAGAAAAACCGAAGGAAGAGCGGCCAAAUAAAGAUGAAAAAGCAAGAGAGACGAAGGAAAGAACACCUAAGUCUGACAAAGAGAAAGAAAAAUUCAAGAAGGAAGAAAAAGCUAAAGAUGAGAAAUUCAAAACCACUGUCCCCAGCAUAGAAUCAAAAUCGACUCAAGAAAAGGAAAGAGAGAAGGAGCCAUCCAGAGAAAGAGAUAUAGCAAAGGAAAUGAAAUCAAAGGAAAAUGCUAAAGGAGGAGAAAAAACACCAGUUUCUGGGUCCUUGAAGUCACCUGUUCCCCGAUCAGAUGUUGCAGAGCCUGAAAGGGAACAAAAACGCCGCAAAAUUGAUACCCACCCUUCUCCAUCGCAUUCCUCAACAGUAAAGCUGGUUUAUUUCCAGGUUACAGCCAUACUUCCCAAAGUUCCUCUGGGUUCUGAGAACUAUGCCAGCUCACCUGUCAUCUCCAUUCAUUUUCUACAGGACAGUCUCAUCGAACUCAAGGAGUCUUCAGCAAAGCUCUACCUUAAUCAUACUCCUCCACCACUGUCCAAGAGUAAGGAGAGAGAAAUGGACAAGAAAGAUUUGGACAAGUCGAGGGAAAGAUCCAGAGAAAGAGAGAAAAAAGAUGAAAAGGACAGGAAAGAACGGAAAAGGGAUCAUUCAAACAAUGACCGUGAAGUGCCACCGGACUUAGCCAAGAGGCGAAAAGAGGAAAAUGGAACAAUGGGGGUUUCAAAACACAAAAGUGAAAGUCCAUGUGAGUCUCCUUAUCCAAAUGAGAAAGACAAGGAAAAAAAUAAGUCAAAAUCUUCAGGCAAAGAAAAAGGCGGCGAUUCGUUUAAAUCUGAAAAGAUGGAUAAAAUCUCCUCCGGUGGCAAAAAGGAGUCCAGGCAUGAUAAAGAAAAGAUAGAAAAGAAAGAGAAACGGGACAGUUCAGGAGGAAAGGAAGAGAAGAAACAUCAUAAGUCCUCGGACAAGCACAGAUAAUGAAGACUUUCAAUCAAGGGUAUGGACAGACCCCUAAGCUGAAGGUCUCCCAGAGGAGGAUGCCAAAGCUCCAUGCGUCACUCUCAGAACGAUAUCUCCCAUAAUUAAGAGCUUCUGGUGCUGUCCAUUUAAUGGGAAUCUGCUUUAAGUCAGAAGAUGAAUACACACCACCAUCCUCUUGACGAGACAUUCCAAAGUCACUGAUUUUCAGAACAUUAUUUUCACCUCCAGGCAGUUUCUUGCAGCAAGGUCCCUGUGUAUACAAUUUUUACUCGAAAUUCGCCAUCCAGAAGCAGCAUCUAAUGAAAAUUUCACUAACUGUUUUAGUUCAUCCUUCUUUCUCAGAAGGGAGAGGAAGUCGCCUCCUGGAACCAAUUCCUUAAUGACAUAGAUAGGCUGUAUUUGUGUGCAAACUCCUAUAAGUUUGACAAUAUCAGGAUGAUUAUAUUGCUUGAGGAUUUUGGCAUCUUGUGAAAAUUUUAAUUUCAGUUCCCAGGAAAGAUCAUCUUUACAUGUUUUAAUGGCAACAGCAGUUUUAUCCUUUAAUGUGCCCUUAAAUAUAUGUCAGCAAAAGUUCCCUUGCCCAGUAAUUCUCCUACUGUGACAUCAUCAUGACUGAGACCCUCAUUUCUUAUUCUAGUUAUGGCCAUCCCGAUACCAUGAUAAUCUCUUUAUUGCAACACUUUUUUUUUUUCCAAUUUGAAAAAUUGAGAUAAAAUUUAUAUGAUCUAAAAUUUGCCAUUUUAAGAUGGUUUUUAGCAUAUUCACUAUGUUGUAGCCAUCGCCACUAAUUCUGGAACAUUUCCAUCACCCCCAAAAGAGGCCCCAUACUCGUUAGUAGUCACUCCCGGUUGGUUCUCCCCUCCCCCCAGCCCCUGGAAACAACUAAUGUACUGUCUAUAUGGAUUUGCCUGUUUUGGACAUUUCAUAAAAAUGGAAUCAUGC